ACUUCUAAAUUCCCAAAAAGAAAUCUACAAACUUCGAAUAUUUAAGGCCCAGCCAAAAUGAUCCAAAAUCCAGCUCAUCUCUACAAACUACUUAAUAAGGGCCCAUCUAUCCUAACUGGCCCAUUGCACCCCUCGCCUUGCCUUUAGGCUUUCAAGAAGUUGCUAACUGCUACAAACUCCGUAGUUGCAGCCAACUCAACGUUGGUGCUUCAUUCAUGCACUUCUCGCACUCUUUGGUUAAUUUCUACGUGCAAUCCUCCUCCACCAACAAUAUGAAGAUCCAGUCAAUAAUUUCCUCCGGCCACCCUCAUCCUCCACCAUCUCCUCCAUUUCCUUCUCCGAUCUCAACACCACCGAGAGCACAACAUUGUGUUGCCGUUGCCGUAAAUGUAGAAAAUCGCGCCAGUUUUGUGUUCAUUGAGGACUUCAGGAUCGACAACAAUGACUCUACAAUUUAGGAGAUCAGAAUCGCUUUCGAGAAUCUUGAAGACCACCUUGAUUUUUUUCAUGUGAACUUUGUUUUAAUCAUUUUUGUCUACUUUGAGUUUGCCUGCGGUUUUACGUUUGGUUUUUUUUUUUUCAUUUGGUUCUGUUUCAUUGAUGAAAAAAUGAAGUGAAAUCUCCAUG